AGAAUUACAAUGGCUGACCGAUUUGACUGUGACCAUUGCAAAGAAUCCCUGUAUGGCCGCAAGUACAUCCAGUCUGAUGACAGUCCCUACUGCAUCCCUUGCUAUGACAGCUUGUUCUCGAACACAUGUGACGAGUGCAAAGAACUGAUUGGCCAUGACGCAAGGGAACUCUUCUACGAAGACCGGCAUUAUCAUGAGCACUGCUUCCGCUGCUUCCGCUGCGAUCGUUCUCUGGCAGAUGAGCCCUUCACUAGCCAGGAUGAUGCACUGCUCUGCAAUGACUGCUACUGUAAUGAAUUCUCCUCCAAGUGUGUAGCCUGUGACAAGAUUGUCAUGCCAGGCACAAGAAAACUAGAGUAUGCUGGUUCUACUUGGCAUGAGGGCUGUUUCAUCUGUCACAGCUGCGCACAGCCAAUUGGCUCAAAGUCCUUCAUUCCCGACAAGGAUGAGCACUACUGCGUGCCCUGCUACGAGGACAAGUUCGCUCCACGCUGCACACGCUGUAAAAAGACCCUGACUAAAGGUGGAGUGACCUAUCGUGAUGAGCCGUGGCAUAAGGAGUGUUUUGUGUGCACCAACUGCAAGAUGCAGCUGGCAGGUCAGCACUUCACCUCCCGGGACGACAGCCCUUACUGCCUCAAGUGCUUUGGCAGCCUGUACGCCAAGAAGUGUGAGGCCUGCAGCAAACCCAUCACAGGCUUCGGAGGAGGAAAGUACAUCUCAUUUGAAGAUCGGCAGUGGCAUCAGCCGUGUUUCACCUGCUCGCAGUGCUCUGUUUCGCUUGUUGGUGCUGGCUUUUUCCCUGAUGGUGACAGAAUCUUAUGCCGUGACUGCCACAGCAGCCUAUAGAGCAAUUAUUUCCCAUAAUCCCACCUUUCCCUCAACUCACUCUUUAUUAUACCGAGAACCACAAGUCAUUACCAAGAUAGGUAACACAGGCUAACACAUACUGCCUCAGGUCAUUUUUUUAUAAGAUGUCAGUUACUUGACUUGAUUCUAAUCCAGACGCUGGUGUUCAAAAUCUUGUUUUGAUGCUGAAUUGUUUGCAUGAACCACCACAAAGAUUUCCCUAACCAAAUACGUAAUGAUUUUAUUCAUGGAGUGCCUUUAUUAUUACUGUGCAAACUGCUUGUCACUUUGCAAACCAUUUCUUAUUUUUUCUAUGAGUAAAAUGUCACUUCAGGUAGAAAUUGUGCUCUGAAGAGAAGACACCGAACACUGAUACAGUCUAGUGUAUAAAUCUUGCAGUCUGUAUUUUAAAAGUGUAAUGGAGUUACUGUUUUAAUGCUCUUCCAACUGCAGUUUUAUGCAUUUUGAAUGUUUCUUUUCCUCACGUGUCAGUUACCUUUCUCUGUUGUUUGUCUUUCUUUGUUCAUCUUAAACAAUUUACUGUAUAUAAUGAUUUACGAAGGAGGUGGGACAUUUUUUUUUGUAAAAGAAAAGUUUAAAGAAUUAGACAAUUUUUUUAUAAAUGAAAAGUAACAAUGAAAAGAAUAACAUGAAAAGCUGAACAUAUGUUUAGUAUCGUAGUCAUAUUUUGUUAGUCACUGCAAAUUGUUUGCACUUUGGGUAUGUAUGUGCACAUAAAAACACUCACCGUGCCUGCAUGUAACUGUUACAAAGACGAGGCACAAAAAAUACAGAGCAUUUUUUUUUGGUCAUGUAUCUGCUUAUGUUGAGCUUUGCAAUGACACUUUUUACAUAACAUUUCAUUUUCUUUCCUUUUUUUUUAGUCAUUGUAAUGAAUCUUUUUUUUAUAAUCAUUGUGCAAAGAGCCAGCAUUUAUAACCCAAAAGAAGCUGAAACAGCAACAUUACUGCUGUGUGUGGCAGGAAUAUGCACCGUCUUUCAUGAUUGGCCGCAAUAAUUAUUUUGUUUCUGUUGAUGCUGUUUUUUUUUUUCAUUGUAAGUUUGUAUGAUAUAAUGUAUGUGAAAAAAAUUUAUUAAAAAAAUCUUAAUAAUGUCAUUAUUUCAGCUUUGAUGCUGGUGAGUCAGAGUUGCCAAAUAUACAUUUUAAGAUGGAGAACAGGCCUGUAUGAACCUAACUGUAACUCAGAUGAGAAUGGCUGAAUUGUUAGUUUUAUUUUUGAAGCCUUUUUUGAAGCCUUACUAAAUAAAUUCACACUGAUUUUGA